CUCUCUCCCUUCCCGCUGAUAGCUACUUAUCCCUGAAUGGUAGGCUUAAUGUUUCUCAGCCGGUCUAGGGAAAAUCCAAGGAAACAAAUGGUGUUUAUGUGGUGUUUGUCGUGGAUGUGUCUCAUCGUUGUAGGCACUGUGAGAUCUGCGCAUAACCUGCCUCAGUGUGUGGAGGGGGAUUACUACUUUGAGUACACAGAGUGUGACAGCAGUGGCUCCAGAUGGAGAGUGGCCAUUCCUCAGAGGCCAGGCGAGUGCAUGGGACUGCCAGACCCUGUGCAGGGCACUGACUGCACAUUCUCUUGUGAAGCUGGCGAGUUUUUGGAGAUGUCUUCACAAGAGUGCACUCAGUGUGCAGCCGGGUCCUUCUCUCUCGGCAGUGGCAUCCGCUUCGAUGAGUGGGAAGACAUUCCCCCUGGAUUCAGCAGCCUGGUGACAUCUCUCGAUAACGCUGCAAACAGACACGAGGGGCCGAGCUGUAACGGCUCCUCAUGGAUGGCCCGUGGUAGUUACGUGGAGUCUAACCGAGACGAGUGUAGUGUCUCUCUUGUCUAUGCUGUUCAUCUCAAGAAGCCCGGCUCUGUCUCCUUUGACUAUCAGUAUGUGGAUAACAACAUCUUCUUCGAAUUUUUUAUUCAGAAUGACCAGUGCCAGGAAAUGGACAAGACUUCUGCUAAGAAAUGGAUGAAGCUGACAAACAAUGGAGAGUGGGCCAAACACACGGUCAGUUUGAAAUCCGGUACAAACGUGCUGUAUUGGAGAACCACAGGAGUCACCGUGGGAGCUAAAGUAGUCAAACCAGUGCUGCUAAAGAACAUCCACAUAGAAGGUGUGGCAUACAUGUCGGAGUGCUUGCCCUGUAAGCCGGGCACGUUCAGUAACGCUCCUGGCUCAGCCUCGUGUAAACCAUGCCCCAGAAACACAUACUCAGGCAGGGGAGCCAGCUCCUGCACUCCCUGCGACACAGACACACACUAUGCAUUGGAGGGAUCUACAGAGUGUAAGCCCAGACCGGCAUGCUCGGAGAAAGACUACUUCCAGAUCCACAGUGUUUGUGAUAAAGAUGGCAAGACACAGGUUGUGUAUAAAUGGAUCGAGCCUAAGAUCUGUCUAGAGGACGCUCCUGAUGCUGUAACACUGCCCCCUUCUGGUAAACGCGAGCCAUGCCCACCUUGCAACCCUGGCUAUUAUAACAACAACACUGCUACAUGCUCUCCUUGCCCACAAGGAACCUACUCGGAAGGCCUUAAAGCGUGCCAGCCUUGUCCUGCAGGCACAGAGCCGGCCCUGGGAUAUGAGUAUAAGUGGUGGAACACACUGCCCUCUGGCAUGAAGUCGUCCUGCUUCAAUGUGGCCAACACCAAGUGUGACAGCAUGAAUGGCUGGGAGGUAGCAGGUGAUCAUAUUCGUUCUGGAGCUGGAGGUUCAGAUAAUGAUUACCUCAUCCUAAACCUUAAAGUGCCUGGAUUCAGGUUACCGACAUCAGUUAGUGGAACAAGUGGAUCUGAGUUUGGACGCAUCACGUUCGUGUUUGAAACCAUAUGUUCAGCUGACUGUCAGCUUUACUUCAUGAUGGACACAGGCAGACGGAGCACAAAUGUGGUGGAAUCGUGGGAAGGCAGUAAGGAGAAGCAGUCCUACACUCACAUCAUGACUAAGAAUGCAUCUGUGUCUUACACAUGGGCUUUUCAACGCACUAACCAAGCUAAAGAUGGGCGUCAGUAUAUCAACGACAUGGUGAAGAUCUAUUCAAUUACCGUAACGAACGCUCUGGACGGUGUAGCCUGGGCAUGCAGGGCUUGUGCUAUCGAGUCUCAGCAGCCAGGCUCGGCCUGUGUGCCAUGUCCUGCUGGAUAUUAUAUAGACGAGGAGACUAAUCAGUGCCAGGAAUGCCCACCCAACACCUUCCUCUCAGGCCAUCACAUCUACGGCCAAGACGCAUGCCAGUCCUGUGGACCAGGUGGCCACAGCAACAAGGAGCACAGCUUGUGCUACAGUGACUGUUCGUUCACACACAAGGAGCUCAACCGAACUCUGCAGUAUGAUUUCAGUCCCAUGGGCUCCACCGGCUCAGUCAUGAACGGCCCUAGCUUCACUUCCAAGGGCACCAAGUACUACCAUCUAUUCAACAUCAGCCUGUGUGGGACAAAGGGUCACAGGCCAGCGAUCUGUAGAGAUAAUGUUACAGACCUCUCUGAUAAAGAUCCUCACAGUGGUGAGGGCAACUACGUAGAAACCUUUAUCUGUCAAUCAACCAUCAUUCCCUCGGAUGGGCGGGGCUUCAGGACGGGUCUUGCCUCACAGUCGAUCAGUCUGGCAGACACAUUUCUCGGAGCCACAGUGGAGAAAUCACUGAAUGGAGUAAACGCUAGACUAGAACUCUUUCCCACUUCAUCCAAGAGAGUCCCAGAUAUCAACUACUUCUAUCGAUCUCCACAGACGACAUCUUCUUGCCAAAACGGGCGAAAUACAGUGCUCACGCUACGCUGUAACCCUGAGAAGUCGUCUAAAGGAGAAAUAUCUGCACCCAGAGAGUGUCCUGCAGGGACCUGUGAUGGCUGCACCUUUCACUUCCUAUGGGAGAGUUCAAGUGCCUGCCCACAUUGCACUGAAGAAGACUACCACCAGAUCGAAGGAGCCUGCAAGGGAGGACUGCAGGACACUCUGUAUGUGUGGACAGAGCCACGACUCUGCACAGGAGGAGUAUCUCUGCCAGCAAAGAGGAGCAAGCCAUGUCAGAUGAUCGAUUUCUGGCUGAAGGUGGGAGCUGUAGUGGGUGCGUUCAGUGCCGCUCUCCUUGUCACUCUCACAUGCCACUUUUGGAAGAAGAACAAAAAGCUGGAGUUCAAGUAUUCCAAGUUGGUGAUGUCAGCCAAUAAGGAGUGUGAGUUACCAGCAGCAGACAGCUGUGCCAUCAUGGAGGGCGAGGCAGAGGAGGUGGAGGAUGAUGUUGUUUACACCAAGCCCUCUUUACUGGGCAAACUGAAGGCCAUCGCUAGCAAGGGCAACGAGCAGAGCUCCGAGGCCGUCCAGCUGAAAUCCUCCCAGCCGGAGAAAUGGGUGUGGGGAUAGAGGGAGGAGGAAGAGCAAAAGAGACAUGGUGGAUGGGUGGACGGAUGGAUAGAGACUUUGAAGCCGCUCUUCACUUGGGAACAUGUACGCAUGCAGUGGCACUAAGCCAGACAGUGGAAGAGCUUUGGAGAAAAGAGCCGUGGGGAUUUGAGCCAGAAGAACAGAAAAGCAGAGCCUGUGAGACUGUGGUUCUGUUUGAUGUCAUUAUCAUGUCGCCGUGCAAUCUGCCUGUCUGUUGGGUUGUGUGUCUCCUUUUGUAAUAAUGAUAUAAUACCAUUUAGGAUUUGGGACUUUAUUAGAAGGUAUAUGGUACUGUCUGGUGCACACAAAUGCUGGAAUUCAGGAACAAUUAGGUAAUAUUUGAAAUAUUUGCAUCCAUGUAAAACAUACUGGCUGUGUUUGAAUGUGAUAUUCUGUGAAGGUAUAGUCAUGAAAUCCAGACGGUCCAAAUCAACUAAACAAAUGGAAAUAAAUCCACUGUAAUUACACCUCUCUUAAUUAAAUAGUCAAAGUGAUCUUCAGGAGAUAUGAUUGUGUACGUUAUAAAUUGGCGCGCUCUAUGUUGGAGUAAUUAACCUGUCAGCUUUGGCACUUUGAUGGAUUUAAAUCAGGAUUCCAUGAUAUCGGUCCUGAUGAGCUGCAGUCCAGCAGAGUUUGGAGUGUUUCUUGCUGAACAACUGAUUCAUUUAGGACUAUUCAAGCAGGAAAAUCUUUUAAACUGUGCUUGAAUCCAGCUCUUAAGGGUCUGGAGCUGGUCUAAACAUACAGUCCAAAAGUAUGAGACCACACUGAAAAUGUGGGAUUUUUGUUUACAACAAAAACUGACAAGAAACAGAAAGUUUAAGAAUUCUGGAAACGUGAAUAGCUUCAAUAUUCUGCUCUAUUUCUAGUUCGGUGUGUUUUUGACCUAGAAGUAGAGGAUUUAAACCUUCCAUUGAGGCACAUUCACUUCUGAUACUAUAAUCCAUAAUCAAAUAUAUUGUAUUAAGUCAGAAAAUAGAAGCAUUUUUUUCAGGAGGUCUCAAACUUUUGGACCCCACUAUACUUAUUAGGAUUAUUAACUCCGCCCACUGAAUGCUUCAAUAUAUACUGUAUGUAUGGACGUUUAGGAGGUAAGGUAAGACCUCUUUAGACAGGAUAAAUUGAUUGUAGCAGAGGAGGAUGGAGUGCCUUUGCUGAUCUUUUUCAUUUUUGAUCCCAUUGAAAUAAUUAAUAGUAUUGAAUGAAUAUUCAUAUUAUUUCAUAUUGUGCUUGAAGUGAACUGAAAGCCAUAGCUUUGUGUUGAAAUGAAAUGUUUGGUUUCCUGAUUUGGGU